AUGGCAAGUGAAGAUCUUGCUGCUCGCCAAGGCGCCGGUUCUAAUGUUCCCGUCGUCAGAUCUCGUGGUGCUAGUGCCUGCGAGAAAUGCCGUCUUCGAAAGACAAAGUGCGACAACAGGCGCCCAAGUUGCGGAUUUUGUUUGAAGCGACGGGUCACUUGCGUAUACCAGGAUGACAACAAUGCAGGGGUGGCGAGCUUGAUUGAAGCUCAACAGAGAGAACAACGGCAGCAGCAUCAGUGGAUGCCAUGUGCAUCUUGUGGGUCUUGCGUGACGCCUGCUAGGGGUUCGACUUCACAGGCCGAGUUUCCGUCAGCUUGCAGCCAACCAGACACUGCCAAUCUAGGGCCGGGCGACCCGUCGCCCCGCGAGACCUUUCGACCUCAAGGGGCCGAAUCGGUCCUUCGCUGGCAAAUAUUGGCCUCGAGCUCUCCCCCGGCUCGGUGUCUCUUUGCACAGCCGGUGGCCGAGGCCGAUCAGCCUUACUCGCUGCCCGAUAUGAGCUAUUCCCAGCUCUCGCGUCUGGAGUCGAAGUACAUUGAAGUUCUUCAUACAAAGAAUCCGAUUCUAGAUCUGACUGAACUACAUCGUAUGGUGCUUCACAUCGCGGAGAAUGGGCCGGAUUGGUCCACCCAAACCUGCUUGGUAGCCCUGGUCUGCGCGAUUGCCGUCCUUUCUGAGCCCUAUCCAGGGACAGUAAUGAGAUCGGGGGCGCAGUCAACGCCUUCACUGCACCAGGACGAUGAGAGCGGCGCCGACGACAAGUUGUCACUGCAGUUUUGGAACAUUGCUCUGAAACGUCUCGGCUACGCAAUGCGUGAGAACAGUGUUGAGGCUGUCCAAAGCCUGGUGCUAGCAGGAAUUUGGUAUAUGCAUCGAAUGGAACCCCUGGAAGCCUGGAAACACUUCAACCUCGCUGGCGCAGCUUGGAACACCCUGAGGUUAACUCGAUUUCCACUCUGGGAUCUCAAACACAAUAGAGAUUCGACAUCCAACGAGCUCACUAUACUGCAAGCGCUCUACUUCACGAUCUGGAAGUCGGAAUGCAAAUUGCGACUGGAAUUGCCGGUACCAGGUCCCUCUCUCACCAACACUACGGAUUUCCCGCUGGCGUUUCCCCAGCCGCCCAGGCUUGGUUCGGAACCGUCGACGCCCGAUGCAUCAGAGAGCGAGAGAAGUUGGUAUUAUUACCUCACAGAGAUUGCGGCGCGACAUCUGCUCAACCGUUUGGUGCAAAUGAACUCGGAGUGUGCCGACACGCUUACGGAGAGGCAGGUGUCCCUUCUGAUCGGCCAUGCUGAGAUAUUGCAGGCUCAAAUAUUCGACUGGUAUACUUCGUUGCCAUCCAUGUUCCAUUUUACCAUCCCAGACGGGUACGAUGCCGAUUUCCAAUCGGAUCCCAUGAUAUUUGUGCUUCAGCAUCGGUAUUUUACCCUCCGUGAGCUCGUCGCAAGACCUUUUGUACGGCUUGUGGUUGAUGGGCUCCUUGACGGAAUGGAUCCUUUGCUUCGUGCCCGAGCUCGGUCAUUCGCGUCAGAGAGCAUACAAUUCUGUAUGCUCAAACUGUCCCAAACCGUCGCAUACCGUCAUCAAGGAAACUGGUAUAUGCUGCGAUCCAUAACGACUGCGUCUUUGAUUCUGGCCUCGGUUCAUCUGGCUCAAUGCCGGCUACGGGAGCGCGAAGCUGCCGGAGCCACACCAACAUCAGAGAGCCUGAUGCCGCCAGAAGCUUGGAUCUCGCGAGUCAAGGAUGCUGUGGAGUUAGCCCAGCCCUUUUUCGACGAACCGAGCGGUGGCGCUUCGAAUAUGAAACAGAUAAUCUUGGCCGCACUGGAAGCUGCCCAGCAACGUUCGGCGUGGUGCGGUUGGAGGAACUAUGGAAAAGAGUAA